AUGCAUGAACUGGACUUGAUCACUGGAGGUAUUCCGUGCAUUGAGGAUUGUAGUUAUAAUGGCACAAUUGUUAAUGGAAACAAGAUUUGCAAACGAAUGAUACCCCUUCCUGAUAGAGCAGAAAUUGAGAUCAAGUGGGAUCUUUAUUUUGUAUUUAUUAAUGCAAAGUGCCGUGAUCAAACGCUUUUACAAAGUAUUACAGAUAGAUACUGUGUAUUUGAAACUCAAGUUUUGGGUCAAGGAACGUUUGCUAUUGUUAAAAUGGCAAUUGAUCUACAUACUCUUGAGCGUGUAGCUUGCAAGAUCAUUGAUACUAAGCGAAUUCAACUGAACAAAAGAGGUACAUCAGACCUUGAAGCAUCCUUGGCAGUGGCCCAGCAAGAAGUGUCUGUACUGCGUCUUGUUGAGCAUCCAAAUAUUGUAUCAAUCAAAGAUGUGGUGGUUUCACAUGAAAACAACGCAGUGUACAUCUUUUUGACUCGCAUCUCUGGUGGCGAGCUGUUUGACCAUAUUGUCAAUAGCGAAGGAAUCGAAGAAUCGGAAGCUAAAUUUAUUUUCUACCAAUUGCUUCUUGCUGUCAAGUAUCUUCAUGACCAUAAUAUCUGUCAUCGAGAUCUUAAAGCAGAAAACAUUCUGUUGGAAUCAUCCAAGCCCUUUUCUAGACUACUUAUUUCUGAUUUUGGAAUGGCAAAGGCAUUACAAAACUCGCUACAGCAAAUGCAAACCAAAUGUGGAACAUUCACUUAUCUUGCUCCAGAGAUUUUGGAUUCUCCAGGUGGAUACUCUUACCAAGUUGAUUGCUGGGCUCUUGGCGUGCUUUUAUUCACAAUGUUAGCUGGCGCACUUCCAUUUGGAACAGAUGCUGAUCAUGCCAUCUUGAUUGAUCGGAUCCGACGCGUUGAAUACUCGUUUGAAGAUGAUCCAUGGCCAUCUAUUUCAAACGAUGCAAAAAGUAUGGUAUCUGCUUUACUGCAGGCAGAUGCAAGCAAACGAUUGGAUGUGACGCAAGCACUCAAUCACCCAUGGAUUAUUGGUCAUAGCGAGAUAUUAGCCAAGUUGUAUGCCAAAAUGCUUAAAAAAGCAGGAAUGGAAAACAAUGGUAUACCAAUAGUUUAG